AUGACGACACUGCUACGUGACUACCUCAACAAGACGACAACUUCAGUUAGAGAUAAAUUUAAAAGUGAUACCCUACGUUCCGCAAAAAAGUUCUUAAAAAAUCAUAAAGAGCUUCUGAUCCUUAAUGCCGAUAAGGGCAAUGUAACUGUGUUGAUGGAUAAAUCAGAAUAUGACAUAAAAAUACAGACUAUAGUCAACGAUAUUUCCACAUACAAAGUAUUGAAGCGUGAUCCUACUAAUAGACUACAGGACAAGAACAACGAAAUAGUUGAGAAAAUGUUCAGUAACAAAAUCAUUGAUGUAAAAGAAAAGAAUGCGCUUUUGUGUAAAACAGCCAAUCCACCACGAAUCUAUGGCUUACCAAAGAUUCACAAAGAAGGAAAUCCACUCAGACCUAUUUGUUCGUCCGUAAAUUCCCCGUCUUACAAUUUAUGUAAAUAUGUCGUCAAAAUCCUGAAAAAUGUAACCAUGUCCUCCGUAUAUAAUGUCAAAGACGCGAUCGAAUUCAAGAACAAGAUCAAGGAUACAUAUGUUUAUGAUGAUGAGAGUCUAGUGUCGUUCGAUGUUGUGUCAUUGUUCCCGAGUAUUCCAGUGGAUUUGGCCCUUGAAAUCAUAGCUUCAAAGUGGGAAGAUAUAAAAGAGUACACUUAUAUGACUAAAGAAUUUUUUUUAACUGUGGUAAAAUUCUGCAUAAAAGAAAACCGCUAUUUUAAAUAUAAUGAUAAAAUAUAUGAGCAGCGUUCAGGUAUGCCCAUGGGAUCUCCAGCCUCACCAGUUAUAGCGGACAUCAUUAUGGAAGAGUUACUCAAAAAAUUCGAACAGGAUUCGGUCAAUAAGCCACGACUUCUUACUAAGUACGUUGACGAUAUAUUCGCCAUAGUUAAAACCGAGGACACAAACGACAUGCUUACAAUAUUAAACGGUUUCAGCAAAUCAAUAAGAUUCACAAUAGAAGUAGAAAAACAAGGAAAACUACCUUUUCUUGACACCCAAGUGAUAAGGAGAAACAACGGUUAUCAGAGAGAAUCAAAUAUUCCAAUCUAUAUGAUAAAGAGAACGUCCAAUUAG